CAGGCGCACACGCUCAGCAACGCAGAGCCAGACGGUGCUCGUUUUCGCCCUAUUGAUGAUCAGCUCACUGGGGUUCAAAGACCACACAAGUGUGAUAUGAGCAACAUUGUAUCCGAAGUUCAAAGUCGCGUUAUUUCACGCAGGGAACAUGGGUGACAAAAAGAUACUGUGCAUCGGGCUGGUAUGUCUGGAUAUUGUCAAUGUAGUGGACAAGUACCCGGAAGAGGACACUGACACCAGGUGUUUGUCUCAACGAUGGCAGCGUGGCGGGAACGCGUCCAACUCGUGCACGGUGCUGUCACUGCUUGGCGCUCCCUGUGCGUUCAUGGGGUCCCUAGCGCCUGGGCAUGUUGCAGAAUUCAUACUAGGUGACUUUCAGAAGUACCAGAUUGACAUCUCUCUCCUAUCAGAACACCCUCACAGCUCCUUCCCUACCUCUAUGAUCAUAAGCAAUGUGACCACGGGCACCCGCACCAUCCUCCACAUGAACAGCUUCAUCGUGGGGGAUUUCUCGCGCUGUGGGGUGGACAUUUCGUCCGUUGCCUGGCAGCGGGAGGGGGAGAACCCGUGUGCGUGUUGCGUGGUGUGUCCCCCGAGCGGCUCACGCACAGUCGUGCUCUCCGACACAAACCUGGCUGACGUGUCAGCAGCAGACUUCUCUAAGGUAGAUCUCAGUCAGUACAAAUGGAUCCACUGGGAGGGCCGUAAUGCUGAGGAGCAGGUGAAGAUGAUCCAACGGGUGGAGCUGUCUAACAGCACGUUGCCACAGCAACACAGGAUCACCGUAUCCGUGGAGAUAGAGAAGACCAGGGAGCCUCUGUACCAGCUCUUUCGCUAUGGUGAUGUGGUGUUUGUCAGUAAGGAUGUGGCCAUGCACUUUGGCUUCCACUCUGCUGCCAGUGCUCUGAAGGGCCUCUACCACAGAGUGAAGAAAGGGGCUGUCCUCAUAUGUGCCUGGGCAGAGAAAGGGGCAGAUGCGAUGGGUCCUGAUGGCAUAGUGGUCCACUCAGAUGCUUUUCCACCGGAGGCCCUCGUGGACACGCUCGGAGCAGGCGACACUUUCAAUGCAUCAGUGAUCUACACCCUGUCAAACGGAGGAGGAGUACAGGAAGCUCUAACGUUCGGUUGCCAGGUAGCAGGCAGGAAGUGUGGUGUCCACGGAUACGACGAAAUCGUGACAAAGAAAGAAUGAAGAAUAAUGGUCAUGACUCUAGUUGGAGGGUUGUUGACAUAACAGUACACUUUAUUUUCAAUUCUACUAACACUAAUUUGGCAGUAGGUAUAGGAAAGUUUUGUCACGUCACAAAACUCAACACAGCAAAACAGCAUUAGAGGUACUAUUAGUUUUAACAGACACAUUCCAAGCCAAACCCCUUCACAAAAAAAGAAAAGGAGUGUUUGAGGUUAAAGUAAUUAUUAUUUAGAAGUUUUAUUCUCAUCUUCCCUGUAGUUUUUUGCUCCCAGAUGUUAGCUGUUUAUUAAGCAACGUUCAGAUUCUCCUGGCUAGCAUUUUUCGAGAAUGUAGCAAUGCUAGUGGAAACAGGUUGUAUCAGUUAGCCGCACAUUCAAAAUCACAGGGCCUAAAAACUUAUGGUGAAUUUAAACAUAUGAACUUAACAAAAUGUUCUUGCAAUAAAACACAAUAAAUACCACA